ACUACAGCCUUUUCUCUUAGCUAGAGACCCCAUUCUUCAUACAGCCAUUAAAAGCAAAGGAUCACCUCAUUAAGAAACUCACCAACAAGACUUGUAACUGUGCUAAUAUCUAGUCUCUGUAUAUUUCUUUAGAUCUCUGUACUAUAUCUCUCUAUGUCUUUCUAUAGUCUUUAGAUCCUCUAGCUAUUAUCUAGUUUCUCUAGCAUCAUUUAGUUUCAAUGGCAACUGGGAUAGUGUUGUUAAAAUGCAUGUUUUUGAUGGUUUUGAGUGUGGGUUUUGUGAAAUCAGAUGUUGAAAAAGAUAAAGAAGAGUGUGCCACACAACUAAUUGGGAUAUCAACAUGUUUAUCUUAUGUCGGUGGUACAGGAAAAUCUCCAACACCAGAUUGUUGUAAUGGUCUUAAACAAGUUAUUAAGACUAGCCUGAAAUGUCUGUGUGUACUUAUUAAAGACAGGAAUGAUCCUUCUCUUGGUCUCAAAUUUAACACCACUCUUGCUUUAGGACUUCCUUCUAUUUGUAAAACCAAUUCUAAGAUUUCUGAGUGCCCCGCACUAUUACAUUUGCCUCCUAAUUCAACUGAUACGAAAAUGUUCCAAGAUUUUGAUAGCAAGUCAAAUGGUAAUGGUACUACAACUACUGCUAGCAGUGCACCAGUAUCCAAGGAAACUCCAAAGACUGGCACUAGUGCUGCGGGAUCAAUUCCACAAGUGAAGAACGAUGGUGGAUUGAGAAUAAAUAACUGGUUGGGAUCGAGAAUAGUGUGUGGAUUUCUAUUAUUGAUCUUGGUUGUCUAAGAUCAUGUUGUCUCUUGUUUCGUCUGUUAAAACAGCGUGUUAAUUUAUAAAGUAUAUUCUAUCAAAAACAGUGUGUUUUGUGAAUUUAUGCGCGUCCCUGUUAUGCUCUAAUGGAACUCUGAGUAUGAGAAGUUUGUUUCUCACGCGCUCUAUGUUUUUAUUGUGUGAAUUUACGCUUUGGUUAUAAUGUUGGUCGCUAUCUUUAGCAAGCAGUAUAGUAAUCAGAAAACGAAUGAGAAUACGAAUUAGCUUGUGCAAUGUUGUAAUA